AUUCCGCAAAUAUACGAGCUGCGUCCGAGCAAGCAGCCAUAAUUGGGAUUAUUCAGGAAUAAUUCGCUCAAUCGAGUUGACUUGCCUUGGUGUUCUUUUUCCCUCUCCUCCCUCGGUGUUCGUGAUUUCGACGUCGUUACUGACGAUGUGAAUCUAUUCCUUUGCCUGUUUUGAUGGUGUCAUGGACGAGGCGUCUUUUUUUAUGUACGCUGGACUGUAAAAGCAUCGCCGGAAAGGAAAACAAAGGCUGCAUUUGAAUCGUUGCGAGGAAAUGCAUGGGCCUUUUUUUCCCCCCCACCAGAAAGAUGGAGAAAAAGACGUAUGGAGGCGCUUGUCUGUGUGGACUGAUUGUUCCGGUGCCAGUAUCCCAAAUACACGUCAAGACCAUUCAUUUAGGGGCCGCACGGUCGUUUUUACCCCCCUCUCUCCGCCGUCUGUGGGUGGGUUUUUAUAAGCAUUGAAAAUCUGACAUCAUUUGGAUAAAUGAACAGAAGAAGAUAGUUUUCAUUUGUCCUUUCUGGAGAAGCCACCUUCGACGUGAUGCAGCACAGAAGACUCUUUGCACGACCGAUGCUCAAAUGAAACUGGAUAUAUAUCUCUCUCUUUUUUUUUUUUUUAAUUUAAAUCUUUUCGUCGCCAUUCACCUUUUUAAAUGUGGCUCACUAUCUUCAUCCCGGAUUGUGUGAUCAGCUGUUGUAUCGUCUGGAGGUGUUGUGUUGAUCAUAUGUUCCGAUACCCUUUUGGAUGGAUUAAUGCAUAACAGGUGUUGUUGAAUGCCGAGCGCACAACAUGAGGCUUUAUUAUGUGCUCUUGUCUCCGUGCGAGCAACGGUGAGACAAAGCGACUCCUAUUUUUUUUUUUUAUGUUUUUUUUUUUUCUUGCACAAAUGAGGAUGCAAGGUGGCGGAGGUCGUGGACAAAGAGGAAAGAUGAGUCUGAUGUGUAGAAAAGGCCUCCUCUUGUAAAAAAAAGCGAGCCGAGGCGAGGCGAGGCGAGCAGACGACGGCUGUAAGAGGAUCAGUAGAGCUUAUAGACGGCCGCCCCCCCCCACCCACACCCCACACCCCCGAGCAGGCACGCCCGUGUGAGGCUGAGAGAAUGGCCAACCAGAGCUUUGCCAUCGACGGCCCGGGUAGUUUACUGGCCGUGCUAGCCUCGCAGAGCGGCCUGGCCCGAGGAGGCAGCAGCAGCAGCAGCAGCAGCAGCGAUAGCGGCGCCGGCGGAGGAAUCUCAGCCACAGACGUGUCGGCGUAUUUUAAGUUAGUCUUCUUGGGGUUGAUCAUCUGUGUCAGCUUGGUGGGAAACCUCUUGGUCUCCAUGCUGGUGCUACGAGACCGGACACUUCACAAGGCCCCGUAUUUCUUCCUGCUGGAUCUGUGCCUGGCCGAUGCGGUGCGCUCGGCCGCUUGCUUCCCCUUCGUGCUGGUGUCGGUGCACAACAGCUCGGCGUGGACCUACAGCGCCUUGAGCUGCAAAGUUGUGGCGUUCAUGGCCGUGCUCUUUUGUUUUCAUGCUGCCUUCAUGCUCUUUUGCGUGGCUGUCACGCGCUACCUUGCCAUCGCCCACCACAGGUUCUACGCCAAGCGCAUGACCAUCUGGACCUGCGCCGCUAUCAUUUGCAUGGUGUGGACUUUGGCGGUCGCAAUGGCGUUCCCGCCCGUCUUCGACGUGGGGACGUACAAGUUCAUCCGCGAUGAGGAUCAGUGCAUUUUUGAACACCGCUACCUGAAGACCAACGACACCCUGGGCUUCAUGCUCAUGUUGGCCGUGGUGGUCCUGGCCACGCACGGCUUCUACGCCAAAUUGCUGCUCUUCGAGUACAGGCACCGCAAAAUGAAACCAGUCCAGCUCGUGCCGGCUAUCAGCCAGAACUGGACCUUCCACGGUCCGGGCGCCACGGGCCAAGCCGCGGCUAACUGGAUCGCAGGCUUCGGCCGAGGCCCGAUGCCGCCGACUCUGCUGGGAAUCAGACAGAACCUACACAAUCAACACCGGCGGCUCCUGGGCAUGGAUGAGGUGAGAUCUGAGAGGAGGUUGGGCCGCAUGUUCUACACCAUCACGCUGCUCUUCCUGGUCCUGUGGGCUCCCUACAUCAUGGCGUGCUUCUGGAGGGUAUUUGUUAAGUCGUGCAGCAUCCCUCACAAGUACCUCUCCAUCACGGUAUGGAUGAGCUUCGCUCAGGCGGGAGUCAACCCCAUUUUUUGUCUCCUGCUCAACGAGGAUCUGAGAAAAGUACUGCGAGCUCACCUGCCCACCUACUGGAGGACUAAACAACAUCUGCCCCAGGAUGAGGCCUACUGCAUCAUGUGAGAAUCUUCACCGGGAGAAUGUCAUUCAGAAAUGAGAAGAAGAAUAUAGUUUGUGUCUUUUGUUGUUUUGCACAACAAAAUCCAAAAUUUUUUUGCCAACAAGCGCAGGCACGGUGCCAUUAAAAAAAAAAAAAAAAGAAUGUCGAUAUUUGUCUGUCAGAGGUUUGGACGGGGCACCACAUCACCCCCCCCCCCAACUCUAGAAUGCUUUGUAUUUAUGAUGAUGGAUUCAGAGGUCACCUCACCCCUGAAAAGUGACACGGAUGCCAUUUUUAAUAUCAUGUUGCCUUAUUUUUCGAGGGACACAAUUCAGUCUCUUGUGUCACUCCAGGCACAAAAAAAACAACAAAAAAAACUGAGCAUUAAAAAAUGGCUGCAGAUGCUAAAUCAAAUAUUCCGAUCAGGACGUUACAGACUUGAAACACAUCAUAAGGAACUCAAAGAGUCUGAAAGGACGGAGCGAGCGCCUCGGACUCCUUUUCAUGUCGUUCAGACGAGACCACCGAAUAUUGAAUGGGCACUGAUUUCUUUGGAUACAUUUCAAUAGCAGUGAUGAACCCACAAAAGCCCCUAAUAUUAAUAAUUACGUUUUUUUUUGUUUUUUUUGGACUUCAUUUAGGCUGUGUUUGAGUUCUUUGUAUCAUAAAAAAAAAAUGCCUGUUUUUCCUUUAUUUGUAAACGAUUCAUGGUAAGCAGAUGACACUAUUUUGAAAUAUGACUUGAUUUCAUAUUGUAUGGACUGUACGGGAACUUAUAUUCCUGUUUAUGUGGUUUUUUUUUUUAUAUCGCAUUUGUGAGUAGGUGUGCAAGGGGAAGCCUGCACUGAAGUUGCUAUGUCGGUGCUGCUGCGAUGUCAUCACUACACCUUGACCAUGUUUGUAUGACAACAACGCCGAUGCGGUCAUCAUACCAGUCAUGGGAGCGAGCGUGAAUAAAGGAGGGCUAAAAUGAUGCGAAAUAAAAUAGCCUUGCAUUAUCUCAUAUUACACAAGCCAUCAAAUGGACUUGAUUGAUUCCUAAGUAUAAAAGAAAACGCUAAAUAUAAAUGGAUAAUACAAAUAGAGGGAUUAGAAAACGCUACAAACACACCAUAUUGAAGUAGUUAAUGGUUAUGUAUAUUGUAUUUCUAACAAAUAAUCAAAUAGACACUUAUUUGCAGAUCGAUGAUGAUGAUGAUGAUGACGAUGACGAUGACGGGGAAUGUUUUUAAAGUAAUGUGCUCUCAAGAGUUUAAAAAAUAAGCGAUUCCCAUUGAGGAGGAAUUUUGAAUGUCCACUCAUGUGUUCCCCUCCAACGUCAACCAUUUGAGUGUCUGGAUGGAUCACACUAUUUUUUUUUUUUUUCCUCCAAGCUGGAACACCAGCUGCAUUGAGUCAUCUCUCCAAAUUAAGAUUUGUGCAAUGCAGUACAUUAGGCAUAGAUAAAUAAUGUGCAGUCAAUCUUGAAUGUGGACAGUUGCACUGCAAUAGCAUGUAUGCCACUGCAUUUCAAGGGUGGUUGGGGAGGGGGAAAGGGACGGGGAAGGGGGGUU